GUCCAAAACCGUCAUAGCAAAGUAUACGGAAACCCAAUCGCCCCCUCCUUGUAUUCAAUUCUCCUUGGUAUUUACUAUUUAUAUCAAGGAUGGACAAAGUUAUCUUAAAAACACUGGUUGUCUGCUCAGGAAAUUUUCGAGAUCAUUUUCCUGUUGAUCAGGUUCCAGAGAAUACAACAGUACUCAGAGUUAUUCCGAAACUAGGGAUAAACACCCUGAACCUUGGUCCUAGUUUGAGACAGUUAAACUCAUUACAGGAGCUUCGUAUUAUCCACUCUACUAUUCCUAACAUAGGACAACGAACCCUUUGGGGAUUAAAAGGUUUAAAAAUUCUCGACUUGUCGUUUAACAAUAUAACAAGAAUUGUCGAAUAUAAUUUCGACGGACUCAGCUCUCUUCGACAAUUGAAUCUAGCCGACAACAGUAUUAGUUCUAUUCCUUCAGCAGCAUUUCACCACGUGGAACAGUUAGAGAGUUUAUCUCUUGCCGGAAACCAGAUUUCUGAUCUCGCAACCAGAAUAUUCUACAAGCUAAACGCUCUCAAAACUCUGGAUCUUAGCAGAAAUAAUCUUUUGGUAAUUGAUCAGGAGAUUUUCAUGGAUAUCAGGAAUCUGCAGGAGUUCGUUUGUGUUGAAUGUGGAUUGCGAAGUUUAAAGAUAGAAUUCUCUCUUAGACAUCUCCGGGUUUUAAAUCUAGCUGGGAACAUGAUACAAUCCUUUCUCCAGAUUGAGCCUCAUAUACUGAGAACUAUUAAGAAUCUGGAUUUAUCAAGGAAUCAGAUCAAUUUACUCACGGCUCUCGAGAUACCAGCAAUGGAGACAUUACAUCUGGAGAAAAACAAUAUUACAGAAAUGGAUAGGAACCCAUUAGAACCAUCUUCUAAACUCAGAGAACUAAACAUCGCAUUCAAUAAUAUUAGGGACUUGAGCGGAUUGUUUCUCUCGUCCCAACCUUCUCUCCAGGUGGUGGAUAUAUCAGGGAAUAUGUUGAACCAGGACCAGGUUCAAUCCUUACUCAACCUUACUCCAGGUCUUACUUCUCUACAGGCAGCAGGACUAGGAUUGGUUUCUGUAUCUCCAAGUAUCUUCCAAGGUACUGAGCACCUGGAGAAACUAAACCUUAGUUCUAACCUUCUCACUGACCUCCAACCUGGGCUCAUAGAGGCUCUACCAAGGCUGGUCAGCCUCGAUUUAUCCCUGAAUCUGUUUGGAGGUUUAGAGGCUGGAUUUUUUAAUAGUGUAUCCUCUAGCAUUGCACUUGAAAUGGUUUAUCUUCAAGGAAAUCCGUGGAUCUGUAAUGAAUGUAAAAUAGGUCCACUACUAGACUGGUUGGACAAGAGUUUGAUGUACUGGGGAACAUGUUUUCUUCCCUCCUCUUCCUCCUGUCUCCGCUGCGCGGAACCUUCAAACCUUAGGCGCACUCCUGUGUCCCAGCUAGUGCGCGCCGACCUAAACAGCUGCUCUGACCCUCAGCCUGGGUUUAACAGCAUGACAGCUGAUGUAUCAACCUGGAGCCAGUUUACUGUUAUUGCAGCUGUUGCAACUGUGUCUUUUGUUAUCACUUUAACUGUGGUAUCACGGUAUCGACAUUAUGGUGUUUAUCUAACUGGAGAAAAGGAAUCCUCUGGAGGUUUAGAGGAAAUCCUUGACAAUCCUGUGUAUGCUUUAGACAGAAAUCAAGAUUCCUAUGUUAAUUUAAAGUAUCCCUCGCCAAUCUGACAAAAUACAGGUUCCACUGCUCACCUCCACCAUUCCCACCAACUGUAUCUCCUUUACAGCAGCUGAUUCAAAACAUGGCGGAAAAUAAAUUUUUGUAAAAGUAUCCUUGCAAAGGUUUUUCUAAUUUUAUGAUAUUUGCUACUUUCUUAAAUUGUAAAACAUAUAUGUGAACAAGAAUAAAAUUAAUAUGUUUAUA